AAGCAGUUGGGUUUGAAAAGUGGCUUGAGCCUGGGGUGACUCCAGAAGGUACUCCCUGCAUCUUCGGUUUUCCCCUUUCUGUUGCACAGAAACGUGAUGUCUCUGCUAGCAGCCGAAACAUUCAGCUUACAGUUUGACAACCGGCGGCGGCGUAGAAAGAAAGGGCCUUACUACCCCAGGAGGGCAUACUUGUGUUACCAGCUGACGCCGCAGAAUGGCUCCACGCCUACCAGAGGCUACUUUGAAAACGAGAAAAAUCGCCAUGCAGAAAUUUGCUUUAUUGACGAGAUUGAGUCCAUGGGACUGGACAAAACCCAGUGCUACGAAGUCACCUGUUACCUCACGUGGAGCCCCUGUCGCUCCUGUGCCCAGAAGCUGGUUGCCUUCGCCAAGGCUCAAGACCAUCUGAACCUGCGCAUCUUCGCCUCCCGCCUGUACUACCACUGGCGCCGGCGCGGCAAGAAGGGGCUGCAGCUUCUGUGGAAAUCCCAGAUCCCCGUGGAGGUCAUGGGCCUCCCAGAGUUUACUGACUGCUGGGAAAACUUUGUGGAUCACGGGAAACCGCCUCCCUUCAACCCCUCUAAGAAGUUACAGGAGCUAGGUGAAGCAAGUCGAUCCAUAAAGAGACGACUGGAGAAGAUAAAGUCCCCGUUUGUGGAUUUAGAGACUGGCUUGAGAAGUUUGCAGCUUGGACCCGGAUCCCCCUCAUCAUCAAGAAGCAACUUGAGAUGACUGUCCCUGGGGCAUGUCAUCGGGUCAUCGCCUCAUAGCCUGCUGGCCCUGUGAGCAAGCACCAAGCUCCACAGUGCCUGUUCCUUGCCCCAGACCUGGCCUUACCCAAGUACAGAAGAGCUUUCUUUCCUCCUUCUUCCAUUUUGCUUUUCUAAGCGGGUGAAUAAUUUUAUAAUUGAAAAAAAUAAAGAUAAUUUUAAAGUCUGUAAA